AUGUCAACGCAACGCCAAGAUUCGCAGCACGAAGCAGAUCCACAGGGCACCAUCAGUACCAAAGUGGGAGAUAGCGACUCAUCGAUGACCUACGAAUACGCAAAGUAUAUGAAUAACACCGAAAGAAGUGUCCCCAUGCCAGACACAAAGACGCUCGAGAUGGAACGAGACGGCAAACCGUGCAUCGCCCUCUCGUCCUAUGACUGCGACUCCACUUCUUGUAACCCAGUCGAAUACAGGCCCCUGGUACAUCUCUUCAAGCCCGUCAGCGAACAUGAGAUACGCAACCAUACGACCCACCUGACUUCGACAGCCCGUGCCGAGGAAGAAAAGGCGGCACCUACGCAGUUGAGGGCAGAUUUGGACGCGCACUUCCAGGUCCUACAGCGCGAAUUUGAGUGCAAAAGGGGAGUCAGCUGGACACCCUUGCGGCCAUGGGUUAACGAAGAGUGGGAGUGGAGUGACGAUGGCAGUGAGGGGGAUGAUGGGUUUGACUGGUCCUGA